AUGGGGGAAGAAAUCAUCUCACUACCAUCAUCAACCUUGCUCCACCAUCUCACCUGCCGAGAACCUUGGCCUUGGUUUGGACGAGUAAUCAAGGGUUUCAAAUGCUUUGGAGCCGAUUCCUCUACCGAAAUUGUAAACCGCCAACAUUCCGGUGUAGUAACAAUGGGUAAGACAAUGAGUACGACUAGAAACCAAAAUUAUGAUGUGCCAUGGUCAGAUCUUAACCAUGAUGUGCUUUAUUUAGUUAUGAUGAAACUUGGAGUUGUUGAUUUUGUUGCAUUCAGUGGAGCUUGCAAGUCAUGGAGAUCUUUGGCACUCUCUAACCGGAAGAAGUUUAUGGCAUCUAAACCACCUCUGUCCAUAGGUAUAUAUCCACCCAUGUCCAUGUGUAUAUCUCCUCGUGCUUAUAAGAAAACCUUCCACUUAAAGGACUUUGAAGGAAGAAAGUUCAAAACCCUCCUUCCCCAUUCUGCUGCUAGGGAGUGUGUUGGAUUAACUUGUGGUUAUUUAAUCUUGUUUGGGUGGAAAACCAAAGACUUCUGGCUUGUGAAUCCUAUCACAAGGCAUCGACUUCAUUUCCCUUGUGUCCCCUUUAAUGUUGAUUAUUUUCCAUAUUCAAGAGUCAGGGCUAUUCUGGUCUUUUCACCUUUAGUAUCUGGGUGGUUGUUGGUUAUUUUAGAGCGUUAUGCCAGUAAAAUAUGGUUUUCAAUAGCGGGUAAAGGAGAAUGGAAUCAUGUCUCCUCCACAUUCCGCAUCAUUGAUUUACAUGCUUUUAAGGGGAAGAUAUAUACCCUAAUUGGCAGUGAAAAGACAAGAGAUGUAUAUCAUUUACUUGAAAUGAGACUCCAUCCACAUCCCAGCCUGACUUUUCUCAAAACAAAGAAUUUUUUGGCGCGGAGAUAUAUUCCGAUGUUUGGAAGUUGGGGUGAAAAGCUUUAUGUGGUGCACUAUAUUUCACGAGAAUUGUACUAUUUACAUGAACUAGAUUUUGGUAAAAUGAUCUGGGUGAACUGUGAAACGACAAGAGAAGAAUAUGCAUUCUUUUCUAGCUUGGAGCGUGUUGCUGCUUUUAAACCAGAGUCGUGGGCUGACACUAAGAACAUUAGGAAAGACACGUUCUAUUAUGAAGAGAUGUGGUACUUUCCCCAUGAUUGUUUGAAUGUUAAUAUCAUAGAUUAG